AGACAGAGACAAGCAUGGCGGCCGUCGGGACGGGAAGGGCCUUUCACUUUCUGCAUCGUCGUCCGUCCUGUGGGCUGCUAUGGCUAUGGGUCGGGUGGGCACUCACUGCCGAGCGGCGAGAGACCGAGUGGCGCCGCGCGCGGCGGUCUCUCUCUCUCUGUCGCGAUCGUCCUGUCCUGUGGCUGUGGCCGGCCACACGGGGCUCGGGCAGCUCGCUCGAUCCGCCUCCUCCUCUGGGGUCUGGGCUCUGGCUGGCUCGCUCGCUCGCUGUGGCAAACCGUCCCCCCGCCUAUCUCCCCCGUAUAAAAAGGCAGCCGCACCCAGCAGGAUGGAGCAGCAGCACACGAGAGGAGAGGAGAGGAGAGGAGCACAGGAGAGGAGCUCAGAGAGGAGCUCUCAGCUCCAGCCUCGGAAUCCUCGAAAACUCACUCGCAAGUAGCCACUCGGCAUUACACUACAGUUGCAAACCUCCUUGAGUGGCAGGCACUGCCCUGCCCUGCCCCAGAGCAGAGCAGAGCAGGUGAUACUCUGCUUCUAGUAGCUCUUGUAGUUAGGUAGCAUCAUGGUGCAGCAGGCGUCGCUUGGUGAGCCGCUGCUGCUCCAGCCGCCGCCGCCGUCCCUGGUGUUCGACGCCGCCCGUCUGAGCGGUCUGUCCGACAUCCCGCAGCAAUUUCUGUGGCCCGCCGACGAGAGCCCCACCCCGGACGCCGCCGAGGAGCUGGCCGUGCCGCUCAUCGACCUCUCCGGGGACGCCGCCGAGGUGGUCCGCCAGGUGCGCCGCGCCUGCGACCUGCACGGCUUCUUCCAGGUGGUGAACCACGGCAUCGACGACGCGCUCCUGCAGGAGGCGCACCGCUGCAUGGACGCCUUCUUCACGCUCCCCAUGUCCGACAAGCAGCGCGCGCAGCGCCGUCAGGGGGACAGCUGCGGAUACGCCAGCAGCUUCACGGGCCGCUUCGCGUCCAAGCUGCCAUGGAAGGAGACGCUGUCGUUCCGCUACUCCGACGACCAGGGCGACGGCGACGUCGUCGUGGACUACUUCGUCGACAAGCUGGGCGAUGCGUACCGUCACCACGGGGAGGUGUACGGCCGCUACUGCUCCGAGAUGAGCCGGCUGUCGCUGGAGCUGAUGGAGGUGCUCGGGGAGAGCCUCGGCGUGGGCCGCCGCCACUUCCGCCGCUUCUUCCAGGGGAACGACUCCAUCAUGCGCCUCAACUACUACCCGCCGUGCCAGCGGCCCUACGACACGCUGGGCACCGGACCGCAUUGCGACCCCACCUCCCUCACCAUCCUCCACCAGGACGACGUCGGAGGCCUCCAGGUGUUCGACGCCGCCACCGGCCCCGGCACCGGCCGCUGGCGCUCCAUCAGGCCCCACCCGGGCGCCUUCGUCGUCAACAUCGGCGACACCUUCAUGGCGCUCUCCAACGGACGCUACAGGAGCUGCCUGCACCGCGCCGUCGUCAACAGCCGGGUGCCCCGCCGCUCGCUCGCCUUCUUCCUGUGCCCGGAGAUGGACAAGGUGGUGCGCCCGCCCGCCGAGCUGGUGGACGACGCCAACCCGAGGGCGUACCCGGACUUCACGUGGCGGACGCUGCUCGACUUCACCAUGAGGCACUACAGGUCCGACAUGAGGACGCUCGAGGCAUUCUCCAACUGGCUCAACCAUGGCGGACACCUCUCAUCACCACCUCCUCCAUGAUGGAUGGAUGGAUGGAUGCAUCGUCGUCCGUCUCCGGCGUCACCACCGUACUACUUACGUGUAGCAAGGAAUUUACAUUACAUAUAUAUAGUAUAUAUAUUUGUAUUGGGAGUACGCGCGUAUGUGUGUGUAUUAGUAGGUUAUUAAGCUAAGAAUGAAGGUGCUGCAUGGCAUGGCUGAUAUAUGAUCCAUCCAUGGAGCCAUGCAUCCAACAAGUUAAUUAGUACUAGAAGAAGAAUGAAGAUGAUGAGGAGGAGGAUAAUUGGAGGAGGACGGAUCAUCGAUGCAUCAUGCGGCUGAUCCCUCCUCCACACGCUACGGCAGCCGCAGGCACAACACCAUUGGAAUUGAAAUUAAUUACUUAAGCUAGCUAGCUCCAUCUAUUUUACUCGCUCCUUUUGAUCCAUGCAUUUUUCAAACCAAGUACUAGUUUAUUACUGUUAAUCAACAAACUAACGCAAGUAAGUAGUAGUACCUAAUAAAAAGCUCUUUGCCUUUC